UGUGUGUGUUUGUUUGAGUCUUCGGGGCGGGGGAAUGAAGGGGUGCUGCCUUUUCUCCUUGCUGCAUUUUUCACCCUCUGCUAUGUGUGUGUGUGUGUGUGAUCUCCUCUCCUGCCUUCCUCUGGCAUGGUGUGUGUGUGUGUGUGUGUGUCCUCUGCGGCCUCUUCUGCAUGUGUGCUUACCCACCUAGGGAGAGGGAAUCACUAUGCCUACUACGCCUAUCGGCACCACGAAGAUGGGUCGGACUCCAGGGACAAACCAAAGCUGUACCGUCUGCAGCACAGCCUCACGGAGGUGGGCUCAGACCACACAGAGGACGGCUCCAUACAGUUGUUUGGUCCAGGCAUCCUCCCCGACCACUGUCACCUGAUGCACAGCGAGGGCCUGGUCACCGUGACGCCCCACAGCCUGGAGGCGGAGACGUACGUGGACGGGCAGCGCGUGGCCGACACCACCGUGCUGCGCAGCGGCGCCACGCUGCAGUUUGGCUCCGGCCACGUCUUCAAGUUCGUGGACCCCAGCUACGACCCGGGGGCCAAGAGGGAGCCGGGGGCCAUGAUGAGGGGCCGCCACAAGUCUGGAAGUGUUCCUGAGACAACCUUCGAUUCUCAGGGGGACAUCCACAGUGGCACUGCCCUCCCCAUCAGCAAGAGCUCUGGGAAGCUGGAGAUGGAGCGCACCAAUGGCAGUGAGAGGGGCAUGGUCAAACCCAUGAUCAGAGAGCAGCAGGAUGGCAGGUCGCAGGACAGCCUGGGUCCAGAACUGACGCUGCCUGCCAGUAUAGAGUUCAGGGACAACUCGGAGGAUGCCUUCCUGUCGGCCAUCAUCAACUACACCAACAGCUCCACGGUGCACUUCAAGCUGUCCCCCACCUACGUGCUGUACAUGACCUGUCGCUUCGUGCUGUCCUCGCAGCACCGGCCCGACCUCAGCCCGGCCGAGAGGGCGCACAAGGUCAUUGCCAUCGUCAACAAGAUGGUGAGCAUGAUGGAAGGAGUCAUUCAGGAGAUACCUGAAGGUGACCAGAAGCAGAAGAACAUUGCGGGGGCCCUGGCCUUCUGGAUGGCCAACGCCUCGGAGCUGCUCAACUUCGUCAAGCAGGACAAGGACCUGAGCCGCGUCACGCUGGACGCCCAGGACGUCCUGGCGCACCUCGUACAGAUGGCCUUCAAGUACCUGGUCCACUGUCUCCAGGCUGACCUCAACAACUACAUGCCUGCCUUCCUAGAUGACCCCGAGGAGCAGAACCCACAGAGACCCAAAAUAGAGGACGUGCUCCACACCCUGACGGGCGCCAUGUCGCUGCUGGCCGCUGCCCGCGUCAACGCGGCCCUCACCAUCCAGCUGUUCUCGCAGCUCUUCCACUUUGUCAACAUGUGGCUGUUCAUCAAGCUGGUGACGGAGGCCGAGUCGGGCCUGUGCUCGCACUACUGGGGCGCCAUCCUGCGGCAGCAGCUGAGCCACAUCGAGGCCUGGGCCGAGAAGCAGGGCCUGGAGCUGGCGGCGGACUGCCACCUCAGCCGCAUCGUGCAGGCAACCACCCUGCUGACCAUGGAUAAGUACUCCAUGCAGGACGUGCAGAACACCAAUACCUGCUUCAAGCUCAACUCACUGCAGCUCCAAGCCCUCAUGACCAACUACCACUGUGCUCCUGACGAGCCCUACAUACCCCCGGAGCUGAUCGACCACGUGGUGGCGGUGGCGGAGAACACGGCAGAUGAGCUGGCGCGCAGCGACGGGCGGGAGGUGCAGCUGGAGGAGGACCCCGACCUGCAACUGCCCUUUCUUCUGCCCGAGGACGGCUACUCCUGCGACGUGGUGCGCCACGUCCCCAACGGCUUCCAGUUCCUGGACCCGCUCUGCCAGAGAGGCUUCUGUCGCCUGACUCCCCACCCUCGUUCCCCCGGCACUUGGACUGUGUACUUUGAGGGAGCCGACUGUGACAGCCACUUCUCAGCCGACAACUCUGACAUGGCCAUGAGGAAGGAGCCGGAGGUGGUGACCGUCACCCUGAAGAAGCACAACGGCAUGGGCCUGAGCAUCGUGGCGGCCAAGGGUGCCGGCCAGGAGAAGCUGGGGAUCUACAUCAAGUCCGUGGUGAAGGGUGGAGCAGCCGACAUGGACGGCCGUCUGGCAGCAGGGGACCAGCUCCUUAGUGUGGAUGGGAGGAGCCUCGUUGGACUCUCACAGGAGAGGGCGGCAGAGCUGAUGACGAGGACAGGCUCGGUGGUGACUCUGGAGGUCGCCAAGCAGGGUGCCAUCUACCACGGCCUGGCCACGCUGCUCAACCAGCCCUCGCCUAUGAUGCCCAGGGCCUCGGACCGAGGUCGUGACAAGAACGGGAAGUUGAGACCAAAGAGCGAGGGCUUCGAGCUCUACAACAACUCUGUCCAGAACGGCUCCCCUGAGAGCCCCCAGGCGGGCUGGGACUCCUACCCUGAACCAAAGAAGACCAACGAGGAGAGGCUGCUGAAGAACCGGGUGGACCACCGCUCCAGCCCCAACGUUGCAAAUCAGAGCCAGAGUCCUGCUGGCAAGGCUGUGUACCCCGGCGGCCCCGGGACCAAGAUCACCUCCGUCUCCACCGGCAACCUCUGUGCCGAUGAUGAGCCCUCCCCCCCUCGCGCAGAGGCCUACCCCAUCCCCACCCAGACCUACCCCAGGGAGUACUUCACCAUCCCAGCCUCCAAGAGCCAGGACCGCGUGGGGCCCGGGCCAGGCCAGCACUGGCACGGCCCCGACGACAGGGGCCACCCGGCGGCCAUGGAGGAGCACCUCAACAACAGCAUGGCCAUGCAGCGAGUGGCCCAGUCUCAGGAGGACCUGCAGGGGGGAGGCUACCCCCCUCCAGGGGGGCUGAGGCCGGAGGACCUGGUGCACCUGCAGCACCACAGGGAGGCGGAGUUCCAGAGAGAGGCGGAGUUCCAGAGGGAGGCAGAGUUCCAGAGGGAGGCGGAGUUCCAGCGGGAGGCAGAGAUUCAGCGGGAGGCGGAGUUCCAGAGAGAGGCUGAGUUCCAGCGAGGGGGCGGCGACCACUGGGGGAACCACGGCAACCACGGUCAGGUGUCGUCGUCAGUGGAGUCGUCCACCUCCAGCCAGGAGCACCUUAACUACUCCUCCUCCUCCAAGACCUCCGGCAACCACAAGAGUGGCCCCGGCCGCUGGAAGACCCCCAACGCCCCACACCCCGGACCCGCCGCCCCCCAGCCCUCUCGCUCCGACCUGCCCCCUCCCCCGCCGCCUCCGCCCCCCGUCCACUACCCGGACUUCGAGGCCCAGCCCGACCUCCCCCCGCCCCCGCCUCCAUCCGCCGGCCCCUCCCAGGCGGCCCUGGCGGCCGAGCGCAGGAAGCGGGAGGAGCAGCAGCGCUGGUACGAGAAGGAGAAGGCCCGGCUGGAGGACGAGAGGGAGAGGAAGAGGAGGGAGCAGGAGAGGAAGCUGGGCCAGAUCCGCAACCCCGCCGUGCCCCUGAACAACAACGUUGCCGCCAGCCAGCCCCCGCCGCAGCACCAAGCCCCGCCUCCCUCCAUGCCACAGGCCUACCUACCCCCCCAGCCCCAGCCGUACCUGCCUCCCCAGCCCCAGCCCUACCUCCCCCCGCAGCCCCCCAGGCCGGCGGAAAAAGUAUCCAGCCUGCCCCGCACGGCCGUGGCUCCCGGCCCCCCCCAGGACACAGUGAUCAGGGAGCUCCUCCCCCAGCAGCAGCCUCGCACCAUUGAGAGACGAGACCUCCAGUACAUCACCAUCAGCAAGGAGGAGCUGUCGUCCAGCGACAGCCUGUCACCUGACCCCUGGAAGAGAGACGCCAGGGAGAAGCUGGAGAAACAACAGCAACUCCACAUAGUAGACCUGCUGGACAAGGAGAUCCAGGAUCUGCAGGCCAAGCCGGAGCGCACGGCGGAGGAGAGCGACCGCCUGAGGAAGCUGAUGCUGGAGUGGCAGUUCCAGAAGCGCCUGCAGGAGUCCAAGCAGAGCGACGAGGACGAGGAGGAGGAGGACGACGAGGACGUGGACACCAUGAUGAUCAUGCAGAGGCUGGAGGCUGAGAAGAGGGCACGGUUGCAGGACGAGGAGCGGCGGCGUAAGCAGCAGCUGGAGGAGCUGCGUCAGCGCGAGGCCGAGGAGCGCUCCAAGCAGGAGGAGGAGAGGAGGUGGAGGGAGGAGGAGAGGGUCAGACGGGAGACGGACGAGAAGAGGAGGCAGGAGGAGGAGUAUUACACCCGCCUGGAGGCGGGGCGUCGGAGACAGCACGAGGAGGCGGACCGCCGGCUGCUGACGCCAGACGAGCCGGGUCUGUACCGGCCACCCCUCCCCCAGGACUACCAGCUCCCCUCCCCCGCCUCCCCCACUAACACCCCCCUGUCCCAGCCCCCGCCGCCCCCGCCCCAGAGGAACACCUCCUACCUCAAAACGCAGGUGGUCUCCCCCGACACCCUGUACACCGCCAAGUUUGUCUCCUACGGGGGCGAAGAAGAAGAAGAGGAGGAGGAAGAUUCCGCAACGGGGGUUGCCGCGGGGAUGGGCCUAGCAGGUCAGGUUAAGAUGGCUGCCACCAGGAAGUCAUACGGCGACCUCCCGCCCGCUCGCAAGCCGCCGCCCACUGCGCGCAAGCCCCGCCCACUCUCGGACGGGAUCUUCCUGUCCAGCUCGUUCAAUGCCAACAGUACUGGCCACACCCCCCCUAUCCCCGCCAAACCCGGCUACGACCCCAAAGGAUUUAACUCAUACACUGGAAACCCAGCAGGAGUUGUAGGAGCGGGAGAGCUCUACAAAGACCCGCGGGAGAAAUGGACGAAAAGUGGUCAGGAGCAGGAGAACGCUAACCCUGGCGGAGCGCCAGAGAGCCUGACCUUUAAGGAGCGCCAGCGGCUCUUCUCCCAGGGCAAGGAGAUCUCCAACAAGGUCAAGGCUUCACGCAAACUUAUGGAGCUGGAGAACGAGCUCAACACCAAACAGUAGAGACCAGACCCCUUCCGGAGGAAGAGCCAGAGGGCCCAGAAACCCUCCAUCACCUUCCCUCUCCCCUUCCCGAGUGACUGGAUGGACAAACCCGACGUUCUUCUCCACUAACCGGUCUCAUCUGUGCGUGUGCAUUCUUUUUUUUAUAUUCUUGAAUAACUGGACCCUUUACAUACAAUUUUGAUGUAUCGUGGCAAUAGGAGAGACGUCUAUGGCUUAAAUUUUCCCUCUUUAAACUAUCAAAGAUAUAUUAUGAUGAAGCACUGUAAAAAUGUUUUAAUUUCUUCUAGUGAAACACAUUUGACAUUACAAUGAAGGGGGAUAUAUUUUUGUUUGUAAAAUGGCUCUUGGGUUCGGGAUAAGAUUUUUGCUCAUUUUAAUUUUUUUAAAUAGCUUACUGUAAUGUGGACUAUUUUAUGGUGUUAUUUUAUGCUCUUUUCUGCAUUACAUAUUUUCACUUUUAAUUUCUUCUUGUCUAAAUAAAUGCCCAAGUGUACCAGACCAAUCUUUUUUUAGUUAACAUUUUCUGACGAUUCUCGGUGAUUGAUAAGAGUAAUUUUGUCCGUUCUGGUUUGCCAUACACUGUUUCUUCAUUCCUUAGAGAGUGUGGGGGGUGUUAACUCUAGAUGGUUCUAUGACAUCACUUCCUCAUGUAUAAACUGGUUUACUGAGUCCUGGUGGAUCUUCCUAAGUGCACAGUCACCUUGUAAAUAAAUCUCUGGUUUUCGGUUUUCACUUUCUACUGCUGUUAGUAGUAGCUUCUUAGGCCACAGUUUGAUCUUCAGAGCACCCCAAGUCAGAGAUGAUGAACCACACUUCCCAGAGCUACUGCCUUCAGCAGCACAUUUUAUACAUGCGUGUUGUGGGAGCUCACUGACACCCAGACCCUCCACCCUCACCCCUCUACAUGUCAGCAGUCUGGAGCGGGCUAAUCAGUUUUAUAAUGUUUUCUACCCCACACCCUACACCCAUCCUCUAACUUUUAGUACUGGUUUUCUUUGUUUGAAGAAAUGAAUAGUCAUUUUGCAGAGUUGUGUGAAAUUUGAGCGGUUGUAUACAUUUUGCCAGAAUGAUGACAAAUUACAUCCUUUGUUAAUAAGAGGAGAUGACUUAAAUCUCUGUUCAAAUUAUAAAUAAAUUUUAAUUACGGAAGAAUCUUCACGUGAAUUGCAGGUAUUUAUUUUGAACCUUAUCUAAACGUCUUGCACAGAUUCUGUUCAAUUAUCUACAAUGUAUAAAUGAUCAUAUUAAAGAACCUAGAAUACAUUUGGGACCUAUACUGUAAGGUAAAAUAACUGUAAUAACUGUUCUUUCUCAAUGAUCUGGUGUGUUUGUCAUGAACCUGGAUCACUUGCAUCUCCUCUGUCUGCGUGACUCCAUUUUGUGUGUAAAUAUUCUUUCUUCCAGUAGUGUGGACCAGACUCUUACUGAUAGGACAACAGUCAAUAGCUUCUGUUCUCUGCUCUCAAGGUAUUACCUGAUGUGUAACACUUGUGUUCCCACCACCUUUUAGGUUACAAACUGAAUCAUUUCAAUGGGUUCAUGUUAGCCUUUUGUAAAUCAUUAAUAAAUACAGAUUUUACAACA